AUGGCAAACUACAAUAUCUUAACUUUCUUUAUCUCUUUAUUUCUCGUUUUCCAAUCCAUUGCUACUUUAUCGGUUGUUUCGAGCAAUGAAACCAUUUCGCCCUAUAAUAAAACUACGAAUCGCAUUAUGGAUUUGCUAGAAAUACAAUCAUGUAUGAUUUAUUUGAAUAAUGAGGACAAAGAUGGAAGUAUCAAUGCAAUGGAGUAUCAAAAAGCUUUACUAGGUCACAUAAAUGACACAAGGUCUGGUUUUGAAAAGUUCUAUAGUAAGUACCAUGACAAUCCUGUAAUAAUGAGAAUUAUCAGGCAUGUUUUGGAUUCUAAAAUGGAUAAGAUAGCUAACCGAAUCAUGUAUGCAAAGCCAGCUAAUUUCUUGUAUAUUUUGAGAAAAUUCUCAACUUUGCUACAUGACAUAAGAGAAAAUGGGCCGGAAUCGUAUAAGGAGAUGAUCGUGAGGAAUCAUAAUAUUACGAAUGAAGAUGGACCCGAUAGAGAACUUGCUCAAUGGUUAGUCAACGUGGUAGAGAAGGGAAUGAAUAAAGACGGUAACAUUGCAGCUACCAAAAGAUUUACAAAGCAUGUUCAAAUACUGAAAGAAACAGCAGCAGUCCUGGGGGUAUUUGGUGCGGUGGCUCAUGCUUGCGUAUUGACAGCAGGUGGUGUAUGUGCCGUCUUAAUGAUUGCCACCGGUAUUGGGAUGACAUUUUGGGUAUUCCAUCUAAUUCGUGAAUUGACUGAUCUCUUCGGUUGA